UUGCUUUCACCGAAGAAAGCACUCUGGGCAGCGGUCGCUGCAGAGGAGUCUCCUUCUUGCUGCCUGAAACGCGAGCACCUCGUCCUCUUUCUAGCCUGCUUGAGAAGCGCGCAGCACGGCUAGCGCUCGUCUCUAGGGCUGCACCAAGGAGGUGGAAAGCAUGGCCCCCAAGAAGGAAGCCGCCAAGGCCGCCCCGGCCAAGGCUGCCCCGGCCAAGGCUGCCCCCAAGGCGGAGGCGUCCAAGGCUGUCGCAGCAGCAAAGCCUAAGGCCAAGGCAGCCAAGUCGGCUCCCAAGCCGCGCCUGCUGGCUGGCGGCAUCAGCAAGGACUCGCGGUCGGCGUCCUACCACCGGAGGGGUCUGUGGGCCAUCAAGAAGAAGCACGGCGGCAAGUUCCCAACGCACGAGAAGACGGUGAAGAAGGCCGAGGCUGCCAAGAAGGAGCCCCGGUUCUACCCGGCAGAGGACGUGAAGAAGCCGCUGGCCUCGCGGAUCAUCAAGAAGCAGACCAAGCUUAGAGCCUCCAUCACCCCUGGCACUGUCCUGAUUCUGUUGGCCGGUCGCUUCAAGGGCAAGCGUGUGGUGUUCCUGAAGCAGCUCACGUCAGGGCUGCUUCUGGUUACUGGUCCGUUCAAGGUGAACGGCGUGCCCCUGCGGCGGGUGAACCAGGCGUACGUCAUUGCCACGUCGACCAAGGUUGACGUCAGCAAGGCGGACGUUGGCAAGAUCGCGGACGACUUCUUCAAGAAGGCGAAGAAGGCUGCCAAGAAGGGCGAGAGCGAGUUCUUCACGGAAGACAAGGAGGAGAAGGAGGAGGUGUCCCAGGAGAAGAUUGACGCGCAGAAGAAGGUGGACGAGGCCCUGCUACCCGCCAUUGAGAAGGUGGCCGACUUGAAGAGCUACCUUAGUGCGCGCUUCUCACUAACGUCUGGUGUCAAGCCCCACGAGCUGGUGUUCUAAGCGGAACCCUUUGAGCAUCUUGAACAUAACCGAAAUCUGUCUCUCAAUUUCGUGUCCCUUUCAUCGGAUGGUAUGCGGAU